AACAUCUUGUAUCAUAUAUUCAUCAAGAGAAAAGAAAAAGAAAGAAAAAACAUUACCAAAUACAAAACAAUAGAUAUAAUAUGUCUGUGAGUAACUCAUCAUCACUGGUUCUAAUCACCUUGAUAUUGGCCACGUCGUGCCUAGUCUCCGAGAGCCGGAUUGCAAGAAAGGAUUUGGGUUUGGACCUUGGCGGGAUAGGUAUAGGGAUCGGUACUGGUAUCGGCAUAGGUCUCGGUGGAGGUGGUUCCGGGUCCGGAGCUGGUGCCGGGUCAGGAUCAGGAGGAGGAGGAGGUUCAAGCUCUUCUUCCUCAUCUAGCUCCAGCAGUUCUUCGAGCUCUGGUGGUGGUGGAGGUGAUGCGGGAUCCGAGGCUGGAUCAUACGCGGGGUCACGUGCCGGGUCUGGUUCGGGCGGGAGUUCCGGGUCUGGCCGUGGAAGAGGAGGUGGUGGUGGAGGGGGUCACGGUGGAGGUGGUGGAGGAGGAGGGGGUCAAGGUGGAGUAGGUGGAUCCGGUAACGGAGGAGGGUACGGUGAAGGCGGUGGAUAUGGAGGAGGAUACGGUGAAGGCGGCGACUGAAUGAAGAAUAUUGCAUGCAUGCAAUAUCUUGUCCGUGCUAUGUGUUUAACGUAAUUAUUAUUAUUAGUAGGAAAAAAUGCUAGAAUAAAAAUAAUUUCCUAAAGUGUGUGAAUAAAGGAGAUGGAAAAAGCCUCUGACGUGUUUGGUUAAUUAUGUACUCUUCCAUUUUCUUGAUGUUAUUGAUGUUUUAACUUUAUGUACUAUAAGUUGUAAUUUUUCAGUUUGAUUGUUGAGAAAAAUGAAUAAUGCAUGCACGUGUGUUCUUUUUCUU